CCUCAAGGCGGGCCUCUCACUCAGAAGCCUAAUGCUAACUGUUAGUUAGAAUGGACAAUGUUAAAAUUCAGAAGAUACAGAGGACCGGUUAAUUAGUUGUGGGACUAUAUUAGAGUCUUUUUAUAGUUUGAAGAAGAAUCCAGCUGUGGAUUGGUGCUUCCUUUUUUAUCACCCCUGUUUAUUUAGUCUCCCCUCCCCUCUCUCACUCCCUCCUUCACCCUUUUCCCUGCCCCCUCUCUUCACCCCCGGCGUUCCUCUCUCGUCUUUUCUCCGCUAUCUCUCGCUCCUGGACCGAUUUACUUGGCCCAGCUCUCUCCACAGUGGUCUGGAAAGCACCGUUCUAUAUUUGUCUGCUGCUGAGGCUGUCUUCUCUGUGGAUGAGGCAGAAUCCUUCUGCUGUUUUGGGAAGGUGUGGGUUCUAAACCCAGCAACCCCAGUCACACCUGCACCCUCCAGCCUGCUACUCACUGAACAGGUCCCCGGCCUCCCCGGACUAAUACGAGUAUUUUUCGUUUGUUUGACUUCAAAACCCCAAAUGGGAAAUAAUUUUCAUGGACAGGUGGACUUCACUAUUGUGGUGUUGCCCUGACAUGUCAUUUACCUGUUGAGAGUUACCUGUUGUUGGAGCCAGGUUGCAACCAAGGGAGGCCUCUCUACAAACAUGUUCCGGAACCCAUGGAUCACUAAUUAUCUCAGCCAUGUCAAAUACGCUGUCAGUGAGCGAGGCUUUGGAACAGAGGCUCCAGUCAAACUCUGCACUUCAUCAUCACUGCCAACAGAAGCACUGAGCUUUCAGAACGACUUUUCAUUCAAGAACAAGAACACGCUGGUCAAGAGUGCUACUGAUAUCGAUGCCAGUCUUUUGGCAGUCCUACCCAAGGUUUCAGAAUUAAAGAAACAUUUUGAAAGCGUAGUCUCAGGGGAUUUGGAAAUGAACAGCAGGAAGGAGAGGAUAGCGCGCCGUCUGGAGGGUGUAGAGGCUGAUGUUUCCCCUGCCCUGAUGCCCAGCUGUGCCGGCCUUGUGGCCAACCGCAUGCUGGAGGAGGACCCCCCACGAUACACCCGGGCCUCAGAGCCCUGUGAGCCAGUCAUGGUGAGACGCUACAGCAGGGAGGAGAUGGAGGUGUCCUCCCCAGACCGACAGUCCGGGCCCCGGGGCGGACCUGGAGACCAGCCCCAUGCCGAGCCCGUCCCAUCCCCCUCGGUCGGCCCGGUGGACCCAGCCAGCCUCAGCUCCAAGGCAGAGCGGAUCGCCCGCUACAAGGCUGAACGGCGGCGCCAGCUCUCAGAGCGCUACGGGAUCCUCCUGGACCAGGAGACAGACAUGGACUACAGUCCUCGCUACACACGCUCACGCAGGGAACCUGACGCCUCGGCUCGGGGCCCCUCGGCCGCCACAGAGCGCCGGAGAGACCGAGAGAGGCAGGACGUUGAGGAGCGGAGGAGAGACACGGACAGACAGGAGGUUGAGGGAGGAGGUUCUCCCAGAGCUCCCUACAGCUCCGGAAUGGGCAUGGUCUAUAUGCAGUCCCAUCCUGCCGAGCCUCCUCCUGGCCACGCCCACAGCGAACCCCCUCCUCCUGGCCUUGACCGUAGCCAAGCCCCUCCUCCCACACGGGAGAGGGCCAGCACCUACUCGGCGCGGGAGAGAAUGAUGAACCUGGAGAACUACCGGCGGGCCCAGGAGAGAACGAUGGGGGGGGCGCAUACAGGAGCCAGCAACAAGUCCCAGGAUCAUGCCCAGCCCCCCCACCAACCACAGGCUAGCCCUCUGGAGCAGCUCAGCCCCCGAUCCAGGACCGCCUCCAGAGAAGCCCAGAGCGUGGCGGCCGUCCCCAGCUCGCCUCGUUCCGCCCGGCGGGCCUCCCUGCCCUCCGCGCGCUACGGCAUCUCCCCCGGGGACCUGUUCAUUGAGCAGCAGGCUCAGGCCAUACUCAGCAGACAGGGAAUCAGAGUAAGAGACAGAAUAUCGAAAGACGAGAGUGGCGUCCAAAGGGCCUCUGCAGAGCGCGGUCCAGCUCCUGAGCCUCCAGUCAGCAGACACCCGGAAGGUUCUCACACCAGCCCCACUCAUUACAUACCCCGGCGCGGCCACAGCUCUGAACCUGCCACCUACCAAAGGACCGCCCCCUCUUUCUCUCAGCACCCCCAACCUGUCUACACCCACGUCCCGUACCCCCACGCCUCAGUUACACACACACACACAUCAGCCCCUGCCGCUGGCCACCAGGGGGGCCACCAUGGGACACCCACAGACCCUCAGCCUUACCUAGCCAUGCCGGCCCCCCGGGUGGAGACGGAGCCCCCAAGAAGGAGGGUCAGCGCCGACCACAUUUACACGACCCACGGGGAGAGCCAACGGGAGAACCGUAGGGAGGGCCAACGGGAGAACCGUAGGGAGAGCCAACGGGAGAGCCAACGGGAGAGCCAACGGGAGAACCGUAGGGAGAGCCAACGGGAGAACCACAGGGAGAACCACAGGGAGAACCACAGGGAGAACCAACGGGAGAACCCCCGGGAGGGCAGGCAGGCACUGAGAGAGGAGGUACACACAGAGGGGCUGCUGAAGAGCCGGAAGGCAGUGCUGCCCUCAGAGAUCCGCCGCAGGGAGAAGAGCGCGGACGACCCCCAGAGAGGUGAGCCCCAGCUGGGGCCAGGCAGCCGCCAAGAUGACCGUGCCGCCCCGUCCACCAUGGAAUGGGAGAACUCUGGAGGGAUGAGAACCAGUUGUGCGGACUCAGAGGACUGGGAGACUAGGACCAGGGACGGUGACCAGAAGAAGCCGCAACAAUGCUGGUCCAGCCAAAGCCAGGACGCAGAGGAAUCCGGCCCAGCCAGGCCCUCCUCUUCCUCCCAGCCCCAGCAACAUCAGCAGCCCCAGAGUCCGCAGGCCCUCCGGGGUCACCAUGGCCCUCAGAGCCGGCCUGGUCAACAGAGAGGCGGUGACUCGGCCGUCUACCUCCAGAGGGGUGCCUCCCUACCUCAGGCUAGACAUAGGGGCGCUGAGCCAGCCCGGCAGGACGGACCCCCCAAGCCCAAGGUCCGCAUGCGCUCCAUGUCUGACAUCGGUGUCAGUGAUCGAUCUGCGACGUAUAGGAGCACGGAGAGGUCAGCCGCUGGCAAAGAGGCAGUCGUGGGCACCCACCAGUCCAGGGAAGGAGGGGAGGCAGGAGGGGUGCUGCUCAAUGGCGAGGUUGGAACCCUGGACACCAGGGUUUCUGUGGCCCAGCUCCGACACUCAUACCUGGAAAAUGCAAACAGGAAGCCGGAGCUGGAGCCGACUAAAGUAGAGAGAACUGCUGUGGAAGUAGAUCCGACUGCUGGGAGCACUGAUCGGGAGCGUGGUGGUGCGACGCGGAGGCCUCUGCGCUACAUCACCCCUGGAGACAACCGCAAGUCCUGUGAGAGGUUUAGGACUCAGCCCAUCACCUCUGCUGAGCGGCUGGAGUCUGAUAGGUCUCGUCCUACAGAGCUUCAGACCACAGAAGCUGAUGAAGAGAAGCUUGAUGAAAGAGCUAAGAUGAGUGUGGCUGCUAAGAGGUCACUAUUUAGGGAACUGGAGAGGACCACAGAUAGCGUCCCCAAACCUCGGUCUCGUAACCCGGCUGUGGAGAGGCGUUUGAGACGAGUCCAGGAUCGUGCACAGACACAGCCAAUCACCAAUGAGGAAGUGGACAUUGCACACACUGUUCCUUCUAUGUCCUCACAAACGGUGAUGGUUCACACCACAAUAGCACGUAUCCCCAGCCCCACUGUAGACAGCAACUCCAUGAACACUUACAGCCUGCAUGAGCACAGCUCCAUAGUGAGGAACCAGGGGGAGCAGGAAAAAGAGAUAUCAAGAGAGAGGGAAGCCCAGGCCAGAGGUGAAGGAAAAGGACGUGGCACUGAGGAAAUGAUGGAGGUCCUUGGUCCAGAUGAGCCCGAUAUCUCCUCUCUUAGCCUGGCGGAAAAGAUGGCCCUGUUCAACCGGCUGUCCCAGCAGACCUCCAUGUCCGUGGCCGAGGGGGCCGGGGCAUCCAGGGGGGACACUCGCCAGCGCAGGGCCAACUCCCGUUUCCAGACCCAGCCCAUCACCCAGGGAGAGGUAGACCAGGAGAUUGACCCCAUGGUUACCUCUCUUCCUCCUCCUACUGCUCUGUUGACUAAUGGAGAAAAAUUGCAGAACUGCGGAGGGAUGAGGUUGGAGCCUCUAUCUGCCUCCUUGGUACAUUCUGUAGCAGCCGUCACCUCCAAGGCCUCGGUCGCCUCGGUAACCAUGGUGACCGAUGGUGGCAACAACAUCCAUCUGGAGAAAUCUAUGGCUGUUCCCUACAACCCCCCCACCCCCACCCAGGAGAGGGGAGGGCUGAGGUACUUCAGCCCGACCCAGGGCGGUGACUACUCUCGUGUCCCCGAACCAGAUCUGUACUCCUCAGCCCCUCCCCUCUCAGAGCAGCUACGGCAGCAGACACACAGCCAUGGGGGCGGAGGAGCAGAGAGAGGAGACAGAGGCGGAGCCAGUGGUGACGGCCACAGGGAGAGAGAGGGGGAUGUGUGGAGGGGAGGGGCCAGCCGAGAGGACAGGGAGAGCCGUGGUGCCGGAGACAGCAGGCAGCAGCUCUGUCAGCCCCCAGCCCCAGAGCCCCAGCCUCAGCCACGGCACGCCGGCAGUAGCCAGCGGGAGUCCAUCGACAACACUGCUCUGAGGCACGGCAGGACCGAGCUGCUGGUGGAGCCCAGGCAGCACAGAGAGAGAGACUGGGAGAGAGACAGAGGGAGAGGCUGGGAGAGAGACCGAGAGAGAGACGACAGCUGUGGUAGUAUCUCCCUUGAGAGGAGGGAGCCAGAGAGCUGCCCGGCAGAGAAACUCAGCUCAGAAAGACCCACGGGACUGCAGCACAAAGCCAAGACCACGCACGGCAGCAGGACCAGGGACACCCUCUCAGGCACUGAACGCCCCAGUGUGUCAUUGAGGACUGCGACAACAGUGGUGUCGUCCAGGGCCGUCUCUCACACCUCCAGUUUGCAGCAGCCUCAGAUCCAGUCCGUCACCAAGGCUCCCCAGACCCUGCCCAAGCCCUACGCUCCGCCCCAGCCAUACACCUAUCCCCCCCAGACCGAGGCCCACCCCCCCCAGACCGAGGCCCACCCCCCCCGGACCGAGGCCCAUCCCCACCGGACCGAGGACCACCCUCCCCAGACAGAGAGCCAGGCGCCUCCAGCCCAAUCUCAACCCCAGCCCCAGGAAAGGGAUAGGAUCUUCACUCAGCAACUACCCAAGCCUUACUCUCAGCUAACCCCUCAGACUCCAACUAACCCCAGCCAGUCCUUCCCCCAGACGGCCCCGCAGACCCGGCCCAAGCCUACGUCCUUCCCCCAGGUGCUGGUCAAGCCACAGGAGCGGCGUGAAGACAUCCUCGGACCCAGUGCCUCCGACCUCCUGACCCCCAGCGAGAAACAACCCUCCGAGAUGUCUGCCAAACAGAUGUCCAUCAAAGAAAGGCUGGCCCUCCUGAAGAAGAGUGGUGAGGAGGACUGGAGGAAUAGAAUUAACAAGAAACAGGAGGUGGUGAAGGUGGCUGUGACUGAGAGACACUCCACUGUUUCUGGUCAAGGAUGGGAAGCUGAACAGACCUACAAGAAAAAGGAGGAGGGGAUGGUUAUUGAUGAGUUCGGUGCUGUCACUAUGUCAGAACAGCUGUGGGAGAAAAGACAUUGCGAAUCAAUGCCCGGGGAGCACCGGCUCAGUCUGCUCCAGCCUUGGAAACAGCGUCAUGACUUCCGACUUGAUUUGUCCAAAAUAAUCUCUAGGAUGGGAGAGGAGAUUGAGAACCAGGCUCAGAUGUCCAUAGAGGAGAGGAAGCAGAUGAUCUCAACACGGGAGGAGGCCUGGGUGUCUAAAGGCAAGGGGGUCGCCAACGACUCCACUCAGUACACUGUGGCCGCACGCAUGGUCAGGAAAGGUCUGACAGCCUCUUCCUCAGCUAUCAGCCCCAUCCUGUCCCCAGUCUCCACUAAACUGAAGAGUCAUGUGACUGCUAUCAAACCACAGGAGGAAAUUGAAGCCAGACCUGAGAUGAACUUGGAGUCGGAUAAAAAGCUGGAUAAAUUGGAGACAUUUCUGGGACGCCUGAACAGUAAAGUGGCAGGUCUUCAGGAGACCACCCUCACUGUGACGGAGAAGGCUGUGAAGGAGGUGAUGAGGAUGGACGAUGAGAUCUUCUCUAAAUUCUAUCGCCACGUGGCUGACUUUCCACGAAUGCCCAGCAGGAUCGAGUUCGAUGAAGACUUUGACGCCAUCUUUGGCACUCAGGCGCCCAAGUUGACCUCCGCCAUAGCACAGCACAAACGAGCUGUGAGACCAUCUAGGAACGUCCAGUCGUCCAGGAACCCCCUGAAGAUGCUGGCGGCCAGGGAGGACAUCAGACAGGAGUACACUGAGCAGAGGCUCAACAUCGGCCUCAUAGAGAGCAAGAGGAUGAAGGAUGAGAAGAUGGGUAAGGGUUCGGAGUACUCGGACGCGGCCAUGGCGGGCUUGGCCAGUAAGGAGAACUUCAGCAACGUGAGUCUGAGGAGUGUCAACAUCUCCGAGCAGAUGUCCAACAACAGCGCGGUGCCCUACAAGAACGUCAUGCUGAUGCAGGUCAAAGGCCGUCGUCACGUCCAGACCAGACUAGUGGAGCCCAGGGCCGUGUCCCUAAACAGCGGAGACUGCUUCCUCCUGGUUACUCCUCAACACUGCUUUGUGUGGAUAGGAGAGUUCGCUAACGUCAUUGAGAAAGCAAAGGCUUCUGAGCUAGCCACAUUCAUCCAGACUAAGAGGGACCUGGGCUGCAGGGCGAGCCAGGUCCAGACUGUCGAGGAGGGGGUCAACCCCCAGAGUCCCGCAGCCACAGAGUUCUGGAAGAUCCUGAGAGGGCAGCAAACAUACCAGCCUGCGGGGCCACCAGAGGAGGAUGAGCUGUUUGAGAGUGCCAUAGUGGAGACCAACUGUAUCUUCCGUCUGGUGGAUGACAAGUUGGUUCCUGAUGAUAGCCAGUGGGGGAAGGUCCCUAGCAGCACGCUACUGGAGUCCAAAGAGGUGCUGGUGUUUGACUUUGGCAGUGAGGUGUACGUGUGGCACGGUAAAGAAGUGACUCUGGCCCAGAGGAAAGUAGCCUUCCAGCUGGCUAAACACCUGUGGAAUGGAACCUUUGACUACACCUGCUGUGACAUCAACCCCCUAGACCCUGGAGGAUGCAACGCGCUCAUACCCAGGAAGGGCCAGGGCCGUCCGGACUGGGCCAUUUUCGGCAGGCUGACGGAGCACAAUGAGACCACUCUGUUUAAAGAAAAGUUCCUGGACUGGACAGACACUAAACCACAACCGAAGAGCCCCAAUGAGCAAGUCAGUGAGCAGAAGGAGUCACCGAGCAGGGAGUGCCGGCCAUAUGAUGCGGCGUUGAUGCUGCCCGUGCUCCAGACGGCGGUGAGCACGGUGCUGGACGGGGUGAACGUGGGCCGAGGACACGGGGCUGUGGAAGGAGAGGACAGGAUGAGGACUCUGGAGAUCAGCACGGUCUCUGUGGAUGUCUGGCACAUCCUGGAGUUUGACUACAGUCGGCUGCCCAAGCAAAGCAUAGGCCAGUUCCAUGAGGGCGACGCGUAUGUUGUGAAGUGGAAGUACAUGGUGAGCACCGCAGUGGGGAAGAGGCAGAACCCGGAGCAGAGGAGCGCUGGCCCUGGCAAAGAAAAGUGCUCGUACUUCUUCUGGCAGGGUCGCAACUGCACUGUGAGUGAGAAAGGAACGUCAGCGCUUAUGACGGUGGAGCUGGAUGAGGAGAGAGGUGCACAGGUCCAGGUACAGCAGGGAAAGGAGCCCCCCUGUUUCCUCCAGUGUUUCAAUGGGGGGAUGAUCAUACAUGCUGGCAAGAGAGAGGAAGAGGAGGAAAACUCUCAGACCGAGUGGCGUCUGUACUGCGUGAGGGGGGAGGUUCCGGUAGAGGGCCACCUCCUGGAGGUAGCGUGUCACUGCAGCAGCCUGCGCUCCCGCGGCUCCAUGAUCCUCCUGAAUGUCAGCAAGGCUCUCAUCUACCUGUGGCACGGCUGCAAGGCCCAGCCGCACACACACCUGGUGGGCCUCGCCGCCGCUCAGCGGAUAAAAGAGCAAUGUCCUUUGGAGGCGGGGCUUCACAGCAGCAGCAUCGUCACCGUCACGGAGUGCGACGAGGGAUCGGAGCCCAUGGGAUUCUGGGAAGCUCUUGGAAAGAAAGACCGGAUGGCCUAUGACUGCAUGCUGCAAGACCCGGGUAAAUUCAACUUCACCCCUCGGUUGUUCCAGCUGAGCAGUUCAUCAGGGGAGUUUGUAGCCACUGAGUUUUUCCACCCCUCCAGAGCUUCAGACCUGGUCAGCUCACUGCCCUUCCUGCAAGAGGAUCUGUACCAGGCCUCUCAGCCUGCAUUGUUCCUGGUGGAUAACUUCCAUGAGGUGUACCUGUGGCAGGGCUGGUGGCCCCAGGACAGCGAGAGUCCCGGCUCCGCCAGGAUACGAUGGGACAUGGACAGGAAGUGCGCCAUGGAAACGGUCCUGCAGUACUGCAAAGAGAAGAAUGAGAAGAAGCCUCAGAAGUCGUACCUGAUCCAUGCUGGUCUGGAACCUCUGACCUUCACCAACAUGUUCCCAAGUUGGGAGCACAGAGAAGACAUCGCAGAGAUCACUGAGAGAGAGGCAGAGGUUUGUAACCAGAUCAUCCUGGUGGAGGACGUUCUGGCCAGACUGUGUCAGAACACCUAUCCUCUGGCCGAGCUGCUUGCACGCCCACUGCCUGAGGGGGUAGACCCCCUCCGCCUCGAGAUCUACCUGUCAGACCAGGACUUUGAGAAAGCGUUGGACAUGAAGAGAGAGGAGUAUGAAGGAUUACCUGGGUGGAAGCAAGUGAACUUAAAGAAGGCUAAAGGAUUGUUUUAGUGUAAUGGUAACCGCUGGUAACCGCUGGUUGCGGAGGGAAUAGUACGUUCAGCAACUCUUGGAUGAAGCCGAUAAAACCCAAUGUGUUUCUGCUCUAGCCUUCAUCAGCGCUCUACAGACAGAAACAUGGUGUUUGGCUGCACUCGAGAGGUAGGCACAUGGCUUGGGCGGAAGGGAAUCAAAGGAACCGUGUCAAACACAUGGUUUCCCAAAGGAAUGAUACCACAGUGUCACUCUGUUCCAAUCGUGAUUAUGAGCUGUCCUCUCUAGAACACACCCAGGACCCGCUUUUCAGAGUGGGUCACGGUGGGGACGACAGAACCAGAGAACGGGGGUGAGGAUCGGUUGAGGUUCGCUGGCCUCGUGUAGCAUUAGGUUUUUUUUUUUUUACCUUUCAGCUAUGUACAGAAUCUCUGUAAUAAAACGUAAGCCCUGCUAAGCACAGAGUGUGGCUUUUUCAGUUACUGUGCAGAGCAGAACCUGCUCCGUCUGUCUCUGUUACAUGGUGCCCCACUGUGUUUGAAUGUCCUGUGAGACAUUAGUCCCCAUUCAGCACUUAAUAUGACACCGCUCACGCCACGCAAAACGGGAAGGAGAUUCUGUAAAACUCUUGGAGGACAGUGGAUGUUGAUGAAAAGGCUUCCUCGUUGUUCUAAUAAUUAAACGUGUUUAAAGUGGAGCUUCUUGCCAUGGACAUCAGAAUGACAUCAUGCAUCACACGCUGCUGUGGUCUCUGGGUAGUGUUUUAACUGUCGUGUGUUUUUGAAGUAUUUUGCAGAAUUUGUAUUUAUGUAAAAGAGAGAUCUUCUAGGACAGUGUAUGCAACUUAAAAGUACUGUGUAAUAUCUGUGUCAGUAGGAGUGUUUUUGUCUUGUCUAUGAUGUUUCAAAACAUGCCAAGUUAUGUACCUUUGUUUCAUAUUGUACCUGUUACUGUCACAAUUCUGUCUACGCUGUACAGCAGAGUCAUAUGUAGGUGGUUCUACUUGACAGGUACAUGAGAAAUUACAGUAGUUUUUUUAACGGCAUGGAAUUCUUUGUGAAAAAACACUUGAUGAAUUUUGAAUGUAUAGUGCCUUGGUUUUGUGUACAGUUUAUAUACAGAAAUUCUAGUCUGCAUUUCAAAGACUUUCUUUUGUGAUAAAAGAAAUAGAGAAUAAACAAAAUAUAAUAAUA